AAGGGAUCGUCUCACUGGAGAAUGUAGAAAUAUAAUUAUUUGAUAUUUAGAGAACGGCAGAGAUUCAGCCAUGGAAAAGCUGGAUGCGACCAAAGACCUUGCGAACAAAAGAAAAAUACAAACUCAUGACAAAUAAUAAUUUAAUUCAAUAGAGGAGGAAUUAUUAACAUCGGAUGAGACAUGGCAAACUUAUUUAAAAUUUUAAAAGUAUGGUUAUAAUUUGAUAAGAAAUGCUUAGUUGUACUUAUUUUCCAGAAAGAGAAAAAUAUAGACGAGAACGUACUGUUGAAAAUCAAAACAUUAGGACACGUGAGCCGUGAGGUUAUGUUGAACCGCAUUGUGUUUACAACGGCGGAGGAGCAUUUUGUAAACUUGUUUGCGAAUGGCACUGGUGUGGAUACUACAGUGAGAUUUAUAUUCGUACAUAGAAAAAAACUAAGCAUACUUCACAAUGAAUCAGAAUGACUAUCCUCCUCCAACACGAUACUGGGGCACAGCAGCUAAUGAAGAUACUCUGGGUAAUGAUGCAAGUCCUGCCUUACCAAAUAAUCAAGCUUCAGUUCUCCUGGCUCGACUUAAUGAAAGAGCCAGACAGAGAAAGGCUGGGAAAAAUGUUUUGGAAAUUGGAAUAACUGAGGGUGAAGGUAAUUGUGUGAAAGAAAAUGAAAAUCUCACUGAGGAUAGUCACAAGAAAACCCACACAAAAAAGAAAAAGAAAACCAAAACUAAAGAUCAAACAGAUCAGGCAGAUGUCAGUCUUACAACAUUUACUGAUUUAGAAGCAACCUGUAUGAAAGGGGAGGAAAAUGGUGAAGAUUCACCUCUCAAAAAAAAGAAAAAGAAGAAGCAUUCAAAAAAUGCUGAGGAGAAUAUUGGGGACAAAGCACCACAAAAGAAUGAGGAAGUCGAGUUUAAUGAAGAUUGCUCUCCAGAAAAAGGGAAAAAGCACAAACUCAGCACUGAAAGUAUAAAUCUUGAAGCUGAUCCACUAGGAAGUAACAGGCACACAGAUACCAAUAACAAAAAGUCUUUUAAAAAAUCAGAGAAAAGACAUACUGACAGCAGUACAGAUGCAUUAGGUGAGGAUAGUACACAGGAAAGCAUGGACCCUCUUAUUGACAACAGUUUUGGGGAAUUACCUGAAAAAAGAAGAAAACGCAAGAAAGGAAGUAAACCAGAACCAGAGGAUGAUUUCCAGCUUGAAGCAAGAGAUAUGGAACAAACCCCACUGCUCUCAGAAAAUAAAAAAAAGAGAAAGAAAGUCAAUGUAAAUGGUACAAAUUCUUUGGUUCAUGAUCAUAAUGUGAGUGAUGAAAAUGGAAAAAAUCUGACCAUGGAAAAUGGAGUUGUAACCAGUGAUGCUGAUGCUUCUCAAAAUGAAGGGGAUUCUGAGCCACCAGAAGCAAGCAAAUUGCAAACAGAACGUGAAGAAAAGAGGAGGCUGAAAAAGGAUAAGAAGAAAGAGAAGAAGAAAAAGAAGAAACAGGAAAGACUUAAUGGAAAUGUUGGGGGAUUUACUUUGGUGGGAGAAAUUUCAACUACAACCAAAGCAAAG